AUGGCCGUCGCAGUUGAUCGAAGUAUAAUAAUCGCUUCUAUUGCACUUCUUCUUGAUGAAGAAGAAACAAAGAAAAAACAAUCCAAAUGGACAAGGCCAUGGUUACAACGUAGGAAGGUCGAUGGAGCCUUUCACACCUUGUUCAAAGAAUUAAAGGAAGAAGAUCUAGAAGGAUUCAAAGGAUAUGUAAGGAUGGACGUUGGCCAAUUUGAUGAACUGGUCCAUCUACUUGCUCCAGUUUUGCAUCAGCAAGAUACCAACAUGAGAGAAUGCAUAAAACCAGAGGAAAUGUGCUGUAUCACAUUAAGAUAUCUUGCAAGCGGUGAAUCAUUCAGAUCUUUGGAGUAUCAAUUCCGUAUCAGUAAGAAAGCAAUAUCUUAUAUAGUUCAGGAAGUGUGUAGUGCUAUCGCUGAAGCUUUGGGAAAAAAUAACUUUAAAACAUCGGAAACAACAGAAGAAUGGAUGGAAAUUGCAAAAAAGUUUUAUCAUCGAUGGAAUUUUCCAAAUGGAUUAGGUGGUGUCGACGGAAAACACAUUGCUAUACAGCAACCAAAAAACUCUGGCUCGCAUUAUAGAAAUUACAAAGGGAGUGAUAGUAUAAUUUUGAUGGGAAUGAUUGGACCAGAAUACGAAUUCCUUUUCGCUGAUGUAGGGAUGAAUGGCAGAAAUUCAGAUGGCGGGAAUUGGUCCCAAAGUUCCUUGAAACUUGCCCUAGAGUCCGGCGCACUUAAUUAG